UGUCGCACACGGACGACUCACCCCCGACAUUGCCGGCGUCGCGACGGCUCCCGCAAUCGCCGGCGAAAACGUGCUCGCGGAAAAUACGGUCGCGCGGUCGCUGCACGUCGCUCUGCUCGCCGCUUCGGAAAACUCGAUUCGCCGGCUGCGAAUGUAAUUCGCUCCGUCGCGCUGCCGCCGGCUCGCCGCGCCGGAAUUUCGGGCUUUUUAAUCGGGAGCCGACGAGUGGCGAACCAUCGCGGCCUCUGGCUCUCCCCCGUAUUUUUUUUUCCACUUUUUUUUCUGCCUCCGUGAAUCGAGCAUCGCUGUGUAACGCGAGGCGUCGUUGCAGCUGCGACGUGCGUAGGUGAAAAAUAGUCCGUCUGGCGAAACGGUCGCUUUAUCUAUGCCCCUUGCUUUUUUUUGAGAGGGGAACUUCGAUCGUUAGCACGUGGUCUGUGAUAAUCCUCGUGAAAGUGGGGUUGCUUUAACGAAGUCACCGACCGCUGUGUCCACCUGUGGAUAACCGUACGAAUUCGUUCCGUGACUUCGGAGUACAGUGUGUAUUUAACGAUUUGUGCUGUUACGUGCUAAUUGUAUGACAGUGUGUAUAACCUUCUUUCGCCAAUCAUUUAAUUGAAGUACUGAUUCAUCUUGCAAGAAUUGGAACGGUGUAUUUUGUUAAUUAAAUGGAACAUCAUUUAGCGUGCAUGGAUUACGCGUACAUCAGCGUACUCCAUUUUUUCUACUAAUUAUAAUCAUACUAUAAUUACUUAUCAACAAGUUACUAAUUUGGAGUCGAGAGAUUUACUUUAUAAGAAAACAUGUGUCUAACGAUAGUAAAUGAACUGUAAAAAUUCCCAAGCGUCAAAUGACCACGUUAAUUGACCAUUAUUUUCGGUUCGGUUGUUAACACGUGGCUCGUGACGAUCGUAAAAGUGUACUCGUUUUAACGAAGUCAAGAGACGGUUGUUACACUUGUGGGUAAUUCUACGAAUUAUUCGCGUAUUUAGACCGAUCGCGUUUUCAUGGACCCUUGCGUUUCACGAGUCGAAAGUAAGGCUACAGUACGGCAUCAUCUUAAACUGCGUUCGAACGAAAGUAUUUUAAACACAUAGUAAUACGUCUUGUUUAAUGUUGGAUGGAGCUUGUAAUUCUUAACUAAGAUUUCUAUGUGAUUCUUAACUAAGAGAUGAUAUCUCCGUAAUAUUAUUGGGAGCUGUUUUUAUUUAAUUUUCUUUGUCGAAGAGACUCAUUUUUGCUACAAAAAAUUCUAUUCAAAGUCGUCGAAAUAGACUACAGUAUCAUUUUUAAGCAAAGAAUAACAUUGUAGUUGCACAAACGUAAAGGCAAAAAGUUGUAGGAUCUAAUAACUAUAUUGUCAAGUGAGAUUCUUUUCACGCUAUAACUGACGAAAUUAGAAAAACAGUUGUAUCCUUGCAAUGACUAUGUUAACGAUUCAAAACCAACAAGUGUCUUAAAUCAACAAGUCCGAAGUAUCAAGGUCAGGCCAGCACUAUAGAGGCAGAAGCUUGCCGACGGAAAGUUCUCAUUGUGGUGCUAAUUGGCGGCUGUCCUGCGUUUUGGAGUAUUGCGAGCGAGAGCUGCGUCUCCCGUAAUAAGCCGAUCGGAAUAUCGUUACGGAUCCGCUGUUUAUAUUAGCUCUAGAUAAUCAUUUUUCGCGUAGAAAGUUGCACGUAUUGAAAGUUGCGCGUAGACUUUGAUCGUAGAAUUGAGGUUUAAAGUUUGCCGUAUCGGAGUUAAAAUUGGUCGCCGUGUCGGAAUAGAAUCCGGUGAGCUUAUUAUCUGUUGCAUACAAGUUCGCAUUUCUUUGCAUCUCGCUCGCUGCGUGAGAACUGAGGAUUUGUAUCAUUAAAAAUUUAAACUGUAGACUGAUGAUUGUAUGAUUCUUUAUCUCAGCGAGAAUACUCUCAACUUUUUUGUAAAGUCAAAGCAACGCAAAUAUAAUUAUUUUGAAAGUGACUGGAAAAUCUGCGGUUAACGAAAUUGAGACAGCUUUGUAUAUUAUUAUUACUUAAUGUAGUUUGUUUAUGAGAAGGAUGAUUAAAAAAAAUCAUUAAAUAGAUAAUAGGUCAUGAACCGAAUACGAUUAUAUAUCUUUAAAAAAAGCAUUGCUAUUUAAUUUUAUAAAAGUUAACUGAGGGCGAUUUGACUUUUAAUCUUUGUGGAAACAAAACUACGCCAUGUAUGUAGUUCUUCUCGUCCAAUAAACAUAUCACGAUAAAUCUCUGUCCGCCGAGUUUACGAAAUCCCGUCACACGAGGGACCAUUAUCUGGCAGACGGAACGACGUUAAUUAUUCCUGCCAAACGACAUACGAUAAAUGUACCGCGAAUUGUGCUUUCGGCACAGCACGGCACCUUCGAGACAUGUAAUUGUAUCAAAUGAGACAAGAAUUCAUCUUCUUAAAAAUAAAUAAUCAAUUAAGUUGAUAUUAUUAAGAAGAGAAAACAUAAAAACUAUUAGCACAAAUCAUAUUUUCUAUAAAACGCUAAACGAGAGCGAUUGCAAGCGUAUGUGUGAGUUACACUUAUUGCGACGCAGAGCUCGCAGAGAAAUCAUAGGAGACUAGGGGAGAAAAAGAGUUAAGUUACAGUGGAUUGUCUGCUUGAGUGGAUACAUAACCCGAAAUAUAAUACCUGAGAUAUCGAGUUUACUCUGUAGUAGCGGAAAAUCUGCAACAGAGUUUGGUGUGGAUCAAAUUUCACUAAAACCAUUGGGAUUUUAUAGCAGUGGAGUGCUAGAAAUAUAUGCAUCUUCCUGAAAAGAUAGAAGAGAAAUAUAUCACGUUGCAUUAAUACAUCUGUUUGCAAUCAUUCCUUAUACUUGGAAACGAAAUAGCAAUUGAAGAAACCGUCACGAUACUGGACGGAUGUUAUCAUCCUUUCAAGUUCUCCAUACUUCUCGAUGGUGCGUUCUCGAAGUGACAUAUUAGAGGAUAACUGGGAGACGAGGAUCGAAAAUAUCAGCGGCGAGCGUCCGCCGGAGUGAAUUCGAGUGCCUCGAUGUCGUCGAUCUCCGGGGAGCAUUAAGCCGCUCCUUACUACUACCUUUACCCCGUUCACGGCGUCAUCGAAUUCCAAUUAUGUCGCAGCAUCGAAGAGGUGCCAUGCAUGGCAGCAGCCCCGUUCCGGGUCAUCCAAGCACGACCGUUUCUGCAUCCUCGAUCUCCGCCUCCGCCUCUCACGAGGUACAAACGAGAGAGAUACCUUUGCCCGGAAUGGUACCAUCGCGCUCGAUCCACGCUAGUCCCAUGCACGGGAAUCCGAUCCACGGGUUCGUCAACCCUCUUGGACCAGGCGGUCUCGUUCAUCCUCCGCCUCCCACGCAUGCGACAGCCGCGUCCGGAAUUUCUCAUCAUCCGAACGUUCAUCAAGGCACCGAGAAGAUACUGCCACCGGGCUCUCCGUAUUCAUCGCAUGGUUCUCCGCUGAGGACACCGAUGAGCUCUGGUCACGGUAGCCCCCAGGACUCGCCGCACGUGGUCAGACAUCGCAGGGACUCCGAGCAUUCAUCUGGCGCUAUAUCAAGACGCGGUUCGUCGGAUGUGGUUUCUCCCCUACUGGAAGGUCACCCUUUAGGCUCGCCAGACGGUCGCAGCCGUCGACGCUCUGACUACAGCCCUCAUCAGGCUGUGCAGAAGGUCAAUAAAAAUGUCGUACUCUACUAUCCAUCGAAAAAUGUCGACGCCAGACUUAUCGCCGGAUUUCUUUUGGACUCCUCUGACCAUAUUCUCGUAUGUCGGAACGUACACGAAUCUCUGCGUGCGAAAGUAGUUCAUCGAAAAUUCAGACAUUCGGCCGUGGGACUAGACCGUAAUCCCACUGGCACGCCUUUGGAAAUUGGGACCUCGUUAGCGAACGAAUCGGAAGAAAAAUCGCAUGACUUUUCCUUGGAAGGGACGAAAGGUUAUUCACCGGUCGCAACGGUCACCUCUUCGACAGAUACGCGCGACCGCGUAUACGUAAGCUACUUGCUGUUUUCUUGUCACGUCCAGGCCGUCUGUCUGGAACAAGAAAAGGGUGGAAAGUUCAGAUAAAUUACGAUAAAACCGAUGGGAUCUUGGACGCGGACGGUGGAGUCAUCUGUAAUAUCCGUAAUAUAAAGCAAUAAUGUAUAAUGAGCCGAUUAUCGUGGUAAUAAAGAUUUGUUGAGUGCUAAAUUAUAUAAUAAAGAAAUUUCAAGUUCGUACAAAAGCCAUAUUAAAUGAAAGAAGAAAAAAACAUAGGUACAAAUAACGUGUUUUAUACAAAUGUUUUUUACAAUUAAUAAGUAAUUUAACUGCCUUUUACGACGUUGCGAAGUUUUUUUUGGAUAAAAAAUUUAUGUAACAGCACUUUUCCGAACAAUAUGUCAUACUUUGCAGCGGAAUUGAAACUUCGGUUGAAUGAAAUAUAUUUCUCCUCUCUAUAA